AUGGCGGAACCGCCUCGGGGCUCGUUCGCCGAGCUGGUCGCCCUGGCGCAACGGGCGGGCCACAUCGACGCCUUGGCAGCCGCGGGCGUCCUGCUGGCCGCCCCGCCGCCGCCAGCCGUGGUCACCGACUUGGCCCUGGUGUCGUCGGCCCAGGAUCCGGGAAGGCCGGACGUCCCUCGCCGGAGAGUGCCCUUGCGGGCGAACCUUCGGGCGGCCCUGGAUGCCCUGCUGCCGGCGAACCGCAAGCGGUCCGUCGAGGAGCUUCGCGACGGCUACCUGGCAGAAACCUCGAAAGGGCCCUACGCGUCCCGGCUCAAAACGUGGAUGGCCCUGUCCUACCAGGGCAAGGUCGAUCCUUGGCCGGUGUCCGCCGACACCAUUGAGGCCCUGGGGGCGGCCUUCAAGAAGGGGGGCUACCGCAGUGCCAAGGAGUACUUCUUGGCCGCCUUCCGCCACCAGGAGCACGACCUUGGGCUGGAGGUCUCGCCCGUCCUACGCCGCUUGGCCAAGAGGGCGGUGAAGUCCAUCGUGCGCGGCCUCCCUGGGACUCGUCUCAAGGAGGCCUUCCCCCUCGCCGACCUGGGCGCCCUCGUGACCUAUCGGUGCGACCUCGCCUUCGACCCGGCCGCCGUCCCCCACGCCACCGACGUCCUGGUCUUGGCCACGUGGUUUAUGCUCCGGGAGAUCGAAAUCGCCGGGGCACUCGUCGGCGAUGUGGUGCUCACCAAGCACGUGGCAGAGCGGAACAAGAUGCUGAAGCUGCUUCCACAGUCUGACGACUUGUUCGGAAGCGAUCAGCAGCUUUCGAGCUCGAGUUCGAAGAAGCGGAAGGCGAGCCAGCAGGCUGAGCAGGAGAAGGAGCACGUGGACAUCAAUAUAGGUGACGGCCGCACAGUCUGUGUAAGGGCAUGCACCAAGAAGUCUGAGGAUGUUCAGGUGUUGCUGGAGCCAGAGGCUUUGGACGUGGUCUUCUCUUACCUCACCAGUGAGCCCUUCGAGUUCCAGGCGGCGACUCGCAGCUAUGUCCGCAGUGGCAAGUUCAAGAAGGACAAGAAGAACCAACCCAGCGAAGACUCAGAGAAUGCGGAGGACUAA